AUGAAUUAAUUGAUGAAUUGUAAAUUAAAUACUUUAGGAUAUGUCAGAAAUUAUCACUCUAAUUUUGGUUCAUCUAAUAAAAUCAAUCAUACACUAUAUCAUAAAUAUGCAUCUUCUCAAAAUUAUUACUUCACUAAAGAAAUUAAUGAUAUUUUAGGCAAAAAUAGAACAUCAGCAACAAUUAAGUUUUAUGUAAUCAAUUCAUGAUAAUUCAGGAUGAUAUGCAAUAUUUAGAAAAUGAGGAGUGCAUGUCCAGAGUUUAUUAUUUUGAUGAUUACUAAUCUAAAAUUUAAUUGCUGAUUGAGUUCUAUAAAUAUCAUCAUGAUUUGCCUAGAUUUACUGUAGAUGAAGAUAUUAUAUAAAUUUUGAAUUUGUAUUAUGAUAAAAAGAGAAAAUUGGAAUACUAUAAAAUAUAGAGAUAAAUAGAAUAAGAAAACUUAAAGAAUCCAGAUCAACCAUAAAAAGGAAUUGUUGGAGAUAAACCUUUUGAAUCUUAAAGUACUCCACAAUCAGAAAUUAGUGGCAAUUCAACCAUUAACAAUAAUGUAGAUAAUAUACUCUCAGAUACCAUUUUAUAGUAGAAAAACUAAAAUUAAAUUGCAGAACAAGAUAUAAGUUAAAUUAUUAAAUUGUAGGAUGACUAAAAGAGUGAAAUUUAAUAAAUGCUUGAAGUUUUUAAUUAAACCAAAUACAAUAAUACUUAAAAACAUUCCUUUAUAAAAAAUAGCAGUCCCUCUUUUAAAUAAAAUCUUAGAUUAAAUGAAUAAAUACUUAUUCAAUCUAAAUAAUAGACUAAAUAAAAACAUGAUUUUAAAAUCCCUUUGUCUACAAGAUAACCUUCAUCUUCUUUAAGUAGAAAUUUGAAAACAUUUUCACAUGAAUAAAAUUUUGAUUCUAAUUUUAAUCAUCUAUUUAAUAAGUGUGCUUAAAGGAAAAACACUAAUUUAGAAAGUAAAAUUGACAUUAGAAAAGAAUUUAAAAAAUCUAUUCCAGAUAUUCAAUCUUUAGGAUUAAGAAUCUUUACAUGUUUAAAUUAAAUGGAAAAAUAUAAACAAAAUACUAAAAAUAUUUAAUCAUUGGAUAACAAAGAAUUACAAAAAAUUUUAAUUUCUGUUAAUUAGCCUACAUUAUCAACUAAAAAUAAAACUUAUAAAAGUUCUUCGACUCAAUCAAUUAAAAUAUCUAAAUAAUUUAAUCCAUACGAUGAUUAAGCUUUUAAUCCAAGUCCCAUUAAUAUAGUAUAAACACCUAGAAAAAAUUUAAAUGGUUGUAAAUUUAAAAAGUCAUUACACCUAGAAUAAAAAUAAAAAGUCAAUUCAUAAGGUUUAUAAAAGCUAAUGGUUUAUAAAAAAGAUAAUAUAAUAAAGAAUCAAAGAAAUUAAGGAUUUGUUCCUAAUCUAAAUCUUAAUAAAAUCAAUAAUUAAAUUACAAACUCUACUUGUAAUACACUAAGGAACAAUACAUUCACUCUAAAUAUUGUAAACUAACUCACUCCAAAAUCUUUAACUUUUAGAUCGAAAAUUAAUAACAUCAUAAAUUAGUAAAUAAAGACCCUAUAAAAGAAUAAGAUAAAGUAUUCAAUCAAACAAUGA